UGACCCACCCUCAUCUGCCAUCCCACUACAAACCAUACCCUUUUUCUGUUAACACACAAUCAUACUAUUCUCUCUCCCUACGCUUCUCUGUGUUUCUCCAGUGAAAGGCACGUCUUCAGAAAAGAAAAGAAAAGGUGGGAAUGGGAAGAAAUGCUACUGCUACCGGACAUGCAAAAAACAAAAGAAAAGAAGAAAGAAGGAGUUACUUAGACCUCCGGCAAACCCAUACCCGAAUAUGCUCUCUCUUCAGUCCCAGAUGAUUAUAUAACAAUAUGUACGUUCUUCCGUGUGUGAAUAUACAAAGUUAAGUGCUGAAAUGUUGGGGUGAAUAACGAAGCAUUUCUAGAUUUAUUUGUUCUGAAUAUCCCAGUAAGAAAUGGCAUGGUUUCGCAAGUUUCUCCACAAGAAGACGCCUCAAGGACUUGUAGAGGUUUCCGACAGGGUUUUUGUCUUGCCUUGCUGCUUUGCUCCCAAUACUGUGGAAUAUGAUAAACACAAAGUCUUGAUACAAGAUAUUGUGGUUAACCUGCAAAUGCACUUACCGGAUGCCUCAUUUAUGGUCUUUAAUUUCCAAGAAGGGGAAAAAGAAGGCCAGAUUGGUAAUUUGCUGUCUGAUAACAACAUAACUGUGAUGAACUAUCCUCAGCAAUAUAAGAGUUGCCCUAUACUUCCUAUGGGGAUGAUCCACAACUUUUUAAAUUCAGCUGAGAACUGGUUGUCCCUUGGGAAAUACAAUGUACUUUUAGUUCAUUGCGAAUGUGGUGGAUGUCCGGUUAUGACUUUCAUGCUUGCGACACUCUUGAUUUAUAGAAACCAAGAUAUUGGAGAACAAAAGACGCUAGAGAUGAUAUAUACACUAGUUCCUCAUGAUUUUUUUAGACUAGUGACACCCUUAAAUCCACAACCGUCACAAUUGAGAUACUUGCAGUACAUCUCACAGAAGGAUGAAGUCCCAUUGAAUAGGGCACUUACCUUGGACAGUGUCAUCCUGAGAUCCAUUGCCAAUUAUAACAGUGAGGGGAGUUUUCGUCCGAUACUUAGGAUCAAUGGAUUAGAUCCCAAGUUGCUAUUUUCAACCACAAAAAGAAGCAUACUUGUUAGUCAAGAUAAACAGGAUAAUUGUGAAACACUUAAGAUUGACAUCCAUUGUCAAAUUCAAGGUGAUGUUAUGAUGGAGUGCAUCGACUUGGAUAAUGACUUCGAACACGAAGUGAUGAUAUUCCGUGUCAUGUUCAAUACAGCUUUUAUCAGAUCAAAUCAUUUGUUCUUCAACUAUGAUGAGAUGGAUUUCCCUUGGGAAACUAAAUAUAAGUUUCCAAUGGACUUUAGAAUGGAGGUUCUUUUAUCAGAGAUUUGCACUGAAUCAUCGAUUACUACUACUCAUUUGUCCCCUACUGAGGAAAACGAAGGAUUAUGUGACGAAAAAUCUGUAGAAGAUCAAGGCAAUGUUAGCAAUGUUGAUUGUCAAGAGCCAAAGGCAGAAUUAAAAUUAAACAACACCAUUGCAGAUUCUUCUUGCGACGUGAACUCAUUGUCAAAUACAUUUGAUAUUGGACAAAAUAGUAUUCAGUAUCCCACUCAAGCUCACAUUCUAUCUCAAAGAAUAUUUCAGAAAUCAAUUCCCCAUGCAUCUUCGCAUAGUAACAUCUUGCAAGCUCCACAAGUACCUUUUCAAAGGUAUCACAAAGUAUCCUCUGCUAUUGGUAUUACAGCUCUAUUGCAUGAUCAUGUGGAUUCUCAAAGUAAAGAAAUUACUCACCAAGUGAAUAUAUCUCUUCCAUCUGGAGCAUCAAAUCCUGUUUUACGUCCCUCUAAUUUGCAACCCGGCAUCAUUUCCAUCCUUCCACCCAUCAAUCCUAAUCUGGUUGAACGACCUUAUAACAAGCUUUCUCCAGAUGUAAGUACAAUUUCUUCAACGCAUCAACCUCCUAUACCUCUUCUUCCAUCUCCGGUCUUUCGUAAGUGUCAACCAGUUUCCAAAUCACAGUCUUCUUCUUCUUCUCCAAAACAUCCUAUAACUGGAGUACAAAACAAAGGAUUGCCAUCAACGGUUCCUCCUUCCCCUCCUCUUCCUCCUCCUCCUCAGCCCCUUUCAUUUCUACCAUCAUCAUCUUCCUUGUCAAAGACAUUUUUGAAUCCCCCUUCUGUAAUUCUUUCUUCAUCAGGGUUGUCCAUAUUGCAAAAUGAUUUAGAAACAGCUCCAUUUCCAAUUCACCAGGAAACAGUGUCAGCUCAACCCCUCUCCUCACUUUCUUGUCCACCUCCUCCACCACCCCCACCUCCAUUUUCCGCUGGGUCUUCAUCCUCUUCCCCCAUCAAGAGAUUAUCAUAUGAUGUUUCUGAUAAUAUUCCAUCACCAGUCACCUUGACAGCUUUUGUGACCACAGGUAAAUGUUCACCUCUACCUCCAUACCCACCUCCACCUCCAGUUGCCUCUACUAGGAGAGUGCCAACUGCCCCCCUUCAUGCGCCCACUGGUAUUGCUUUGUUAACUACCUUUUCAGUUUCUCCCGAAGCUGUUGCUUGUUUGCCUCUGCCCCCUCCACCUUGCAACUUUUCUGAGUCGAUCCCUGAACCUGCUCCUAUAACAUCUUUGUCCCUUGCAUCUAUCUUACCUAUAUGUUCAAGUCCUAAGGAAUCCUCGUCUAAUGGUUGUUUGCAUGUCCAACCUGUACCUCCACUGUCAAAUCCAAGCAGCAAUAGAAUGCUAAAAGUUGGUGUGCCAUCUGAGUCUGCAGGGGAAAAUAGAUACGUGCCCCCAGUUCCUGUACCACCUCUUGGUGCAAAAGGAAGACUGCAAUUGCGUUCAGGUGCUAGAAAUCAAACUCAUCCCAGAAGAAACCUGAAACCAUAUCAUUGGUUGAAGUUAACAAGGGCUAUGCAAGGAAGCUUAUGGGCUGAAGCACAAAAAUUUGAUGAAUUUUACAAGGCGCCUGAAUUUGACUUGUCUGAACUUGAGAGUCUUUUCUCUGCUUCAAUUCCAAAUUCUGACCUUGGAAACACAGGAAGGAAAUUUAGUCUCCGUGCCUCAGGAGCAAAUUGCGAUAAAAUUCAUCUGAUUGACCUUAGGAGGGCUUAUAAUUGUGAAAUAAUGCUCACAAAAGUGAAGCUUCCUUUGUCAGAAUUGUUGAGUUCAAUACUCGCCCUUGACGAUUCAACAUUAGAUGCUGAUCAGGUUGACAAUCUAAUAAAAUUCUGUCCAACUAAAGAAGAGAUUGAGCUUCUUCAGAACUACAGUGGCAACAGACAGAAGUUAGGAAAAUGUGAGCAGUUUUUCUUCGAAUUAAUGAAAGUGCAACGGGUGGAAAGCAAGUUAAGAGUUUUCUCCUUUAAGAUACAGUUUGACACCCAGGUGUCUGAUCUAAGAAAAAGUUUGAACAUCAUUAACUCUACUACAGAAGAGAUUAGGAACUCAGUGAAAUUGAAAAGGAUCAUGCAUACAAUUCUUUCCUUGGGUAAUGCUCUGAACCAUGGAACAGCUAGAGGUUCUGCAGUUGGAUUUCGAUUGGAUAGCCUUCUUAAGCUCACUGAUACUCGAGCUAUAAACAAGAAGAUGACACUUAUGCAUUAUCUAUGCAAGUUUCUUUCUGAGAAGCUUCCCGAUCUUCUAGAUUUCCCUAAAGACCUUAUGAGUUUGGAGUCCUCAACAAAGAUACAACUGAAAUAUCUUGCAGAGGAGAUGCAGUCAAUCAAUAAAGGUCUAGAAAAAGUUGCACAAGUGCUGGUAGCCUCAGCUAAUGAUGGUCCUAUAUCUAAUAAUUUCUGCAAGAUCUUGAAGGAGUUUCUUGAUCCUGCUGAAUUAGAAGUAAAAUAUUUGUCAUCACUUUACUCUAGAGUGGGGCGAAAUGUAGAUGCACUGGCUGUUUACUUUGGAGAAGAUCCAUCUCGUAUACAGUUUGAACAAGUAGUGUCUACAUUGCUGAAUUUUGUGAGAAUGUUCAUUAGUGCCCAUGAGGAGAAUCUCAAGCAACUUGAGUUAGAGGAGAAGAAGAUGAAGAAAAUGAGAGACGAAAAAGCAGAAUUUGACAAAAUCAAUACGAUACUAAGUUAGUAUAUUUUUAGUCCUCUCUCAAGCUUAGUUAGUAUACAAUUGUAUUUUUCAUUCAAUGAGGAAAAGAUAGUGUACAUAAUUUAAUUUUCAUUAAAACUACGUGGAUUGAAAUGGAAGGUUACGACAUUUUUGUUGUCAUAUUUGGAAACAUUUAUUAUUUUUAUUCAUGGAUUCAGAUGAAU